AAUUCAGUUGGAUCGUGGGUUCGUGUGUGUGUGUGUGUGUGUCUGUGUGUGUGCGUGCGUGCGCGCCUGGUCUCUCUCCCUCAUCACCAGUCUGACGCACAAGAACAGCAGCAUAAGCAGCAGCAGCAUCAGCAUCAUCUUCCAGGACGCUUUCUUUUCCCGGGAGUGUGUGAGUGCGCACGCGGCCGCACCAGAGCAACAUGUUUCCUGGCUGGGGACGCGAAAGGCUCGCCGGCGGGGGCUCGACGGUGGUACCGCAGCAUCAUCGGACCAUGGCGGCGGCGGUAGCUGUGGUCGCGUCUGGACAGGUCAGAAAGGUGUGGGUCUCCUGUUGGAUUCUGCUGUCGGCGACGUGUUUCAGUGUCCGGGCUCAGGUAGAUGAUGUGCCACCUUAUUUCAAGAUGGAGCCUCCUCAGACCCAGGUUCAUCUAGAGGGCAACCGGCUUGUCCUCACCUGCAUGGCUGAGGGCAGCUGGCCCCUAGAGUUCAAAUGGAUCUACAAUGGCACCGAGCUGACACGCUUCUCCUUGGAAUACAGGUACCUGAUCCCCUCGCUGGACCGAUCCCAUGCUGGCCAUUACCGAUGCAUUGUGAGAAACCGAGUUGGAGCCAUCAUGCAGUGCAGCACUGAAGUGAGGGUUGCCUACAUGAGCAACUUUGUGGAAAGCGAGAGGACUCAAACCGUGUCCCAAGGUGACGGCGCUCUCAUCCAUGCCCCGCGUAUCCACAGCUUCCCCAAGCCUCAGAUCACAUGGUUCAGGGACGGACGCAAGAUCCCUUCCAGCAGUCGCAUGGCCAUCACCCUGGACAACACCCUGGUCAUCCUGUCCAUGGUGGCGCCCGACGCAGGACGCUACUACGCCCAGGCUGUCAAUGACAAGAAUGGGGAGAACAAAACCAGUCAACCCGUCACACUCAUUGUGGAGAAUGUGGGAGGACCUGCAGACCCCAUUGCCCCCGCCAUUAUCAUCCCCCCAAAGAACACAAGCGUGACCAUGGGGAGGAACGAGGCCAUCUUGGAGUGCAUCGCCAAUGCCAGGCCCCUCGUCAAGAUGGGCAUCACUUGGAGGAAAGAUGGCGUGGUAGUCAACACUGGUAUCAGAGAUUUUGGCCGCAGAUUGAUCAUCAGCCAGCCAGCGGUCAGCGACAGUGGUUACUAUCAAUGUGAGGCGUCGCUUCGCAGCAGCAGUGUGGCAUCGGUCACUGCUGGGGCUUUUCUACAUGUGCUAGAAUAUCCUCUGUUCGUAAAAGAGCCACCAAGUCACAUCACGGCGGAGAUGGAGAAGGUGGUGGACAUCCCUUGUCAGGCUCGAGGCACACCUCAGCCAGACAUUGUGUGGUAUAAGGAUGCUGUGCCCAUCAGCCCAGUGAAGAUCCCCAGGUACAAGGUUUUGGUGGGGGGCAGCCUGCAGAUCAAUGGCCUUCUGCCUGAUGACACAGGAAUGUUCCAGUGCUUCGCCCGCAAUUUAGCCGGAGAGAUCCAGACAAACACCUACCUCGCUGUCACCAGCAUUGCUCCCAACAUCACCGCCGGCCCAGCUGACAGCGCCGUGAUUGACAGCAUGUCAGUCAUCCUGCACUGCGAGACGUCUGGAGCCCCACGACCAGCCAUCACCUGGCAGAAAGGUGAGCGUGUCCUGGCCAGCGGCUCAGUUCAAUUGCCUAGGUUCACGCUGCUAGAGUCGGGCAGCCUGCUCAUCAGUCCUUCACACCUCUCUGAUGCCGGCACUUACACCUGCAUGGCGAGCAACUCCAGGGGUAUUGAUGAAGCAUCUGCAGACCUUGUGGUGUGGGCACGCACCCGAAUCACCAAGCCACCCCAGGACCAGAGUGUCAUCAAGGGCACCAAAGCAGUCAUGACCUGUGGGGUGACCCACGACCCCAGCGUCACCGUCAGCUACGUGUGGGAAAAGAGUGGUGCUGUGAUUGACGUGAACACGUCUCCCCGUCUGCGACUGGAUUCUGAGGGGACACUUCACAUCUCCCAGACGUGGUCCGGAGACAUUGGGACGUACACCUGCAGGGUAACCUCAGUGGGCGGCAACGACUCCCGCAAUGCCCACCUCAGAGUCAGGCAACUUCCUCACGCGCCUGAAAACCCAAUAGCAGUCCUGAGCACGACAGAGAAACGGGCCAUCAACCUCACGUGGGCUCAGGCAUUUGAUGGCAACAGCCCCCUCAUCCGCUACAUUCUGGAAGUGUCUGAGAACAACGCUCCAUGGACUGUCCUGCUGGCCAACAUUGAUCCAGAGUUCACCGGGGUCACCGUGGGCGGGCUCAUUCCGGCCCGUUCCUAUCAGUUCCGCCUGUGUGCCGUCAACGACGUCGGCCGAGGCCAGUUCAGCAAAGAGACAGACCGACUGACACUCCCAGAGGAACCGCCCAGUGCCCCCCCUCAGACGGUCAUCGCCAGUGGUCGUACCAAUCAAUCCAUCAUGAUUCAGUGGCAGCCUCCCCCAGAGAGCCAUCAGAAUGGACCCCUCCAGGGCUACAUCAUCAGGUACUGUCUGUCUGGGCUGCCCGUGGACUGCCAGAUAAAAAAUAUCACCAACCCGGACCAGAGCAGCCUGCUUCUGGAGGACCUCAUCAUCUGGACCAACUAUGAGAUUGAGGUGGCAGCCUACAAUGGGGCAGGAAGGGGUGUGUACAGCCACAAGGUGACAGAGUGGACGCUGCAAGGAGUGCCCACGGUGCCACCAGGAAAUGUGCAAGCCGAGGCUGUCAACUCCACUACUGUGCGUUUCACCUGGAGUGCCCCCAGCCCUCAGUUUAUUAACGGGAUCAACCAGGGCUACAAGCUAUUGGCGUGGGAACCCACUCGGGCAAGUGAGGUCACCAUGGUGACGGCACGUCCCAACUUCCAAGAUAGCGUCCACGUGGGCUACAUCUCAGGUCUGAAGAAGUUUGCAGAGUACUACACAUCAGUUUUGUGCUUUACAACGCCAGGAGAUGGCCCACGUAGUCCGCCUCAGCGCCUACGCACCCACGAGGAUACCCCCGGUGCUGUGGGACACCUCAGCUUUACAGACAUCUUGGAUACUUCCUUAAAAGUCAGUUGGAAGGAGCCUCAAGAGAAAAAUGGUCUUCUCACAGGCUAUCGCAUUUCCUGGGAGGAGUUCAACAGAACCAACACAAGAGUGACCCACUAUUUGCCCAACCCGACUCAAGAGUACAAGGUGACGGGGCUCACUGCGCUAACCACAUACACCAUCCAGGUGGCCGCCAUGACCUCCAAAGGUCAAGGUCAGCUUUCGGCUUCCACAAUCUCCUCUGGUGUCCCACCAGAGCUACCUGGACCCCCGACCAAUUUAGCCAUCUCCAAUAUUGGUGCUCGCUCCGUCAAUCUGCAAUUCAAGCCCGGUUAUGACGGCAAGACGUCCAUUUCCCGCUGGCAGGUGGAAGCCCAGAUUGGUAUAAUUGGAGAGAAUGAAGAGUGGCUUAAGAUUCAUCAGCUAGCUAAUAAGCCUGACACCAGAUCCAUGGAGGUCUUGGACCUGAACCCUUACACCUUCUACAGAUUCAGAAUGCGACAGGUAAACAUCGUGGGUACCAGCCCCCCCAGUCAACCUUCGAGAAAGAUCCAGACCCUGCAGGCCCCCCCAGACAUCUCCCCCGCCAACGUCACCCUACGGACGGCCAGUGAAACCAGCCUGUGGCUUCGAUGGGUGCCUCUUCCCGAGUGGGAGUACAAUGGGAAUCCAGAUCUGGUGGGCUACCGCAUCCAGUACUCCAAAGCCGGAUCUAAAGGAGGAGUUCUUUCCCACGUUAUCAUGGACCGGCUGGAGAGAGAGUUCACCAUUGAAGACCUGGAGGAGUGGACAGAGUACGAGGUCCGAAUUCAGGCCAUCAACGGAAUUGGAUCUGGGCCCUGGAGCCAGCCGGUCCAUGGCAGGACCAGGGAGUCUGUGCCAUCCAGCGGCCCAACCAAUGUGUCAGCCUUUGCCACUACCUCUAGCAGAAUCCUGGUACGUUGGGGUGAAGUCCCAGAGCCGGACCGCAAUGGACUUAUCCUAGGAUACAAGGUUAUCUACAAAGAGAAGGACUCGGAAGCAACCCCAAACUUCUGGACAGUGGAUGGCAACACGAGCCACAGUGUCCAGCUGACAGGUUUGGACAAGUAUGUACUCUAUGAGAUCCGUGUCCUGGCAUUCACCCGUAUUGGAGAUGGAAGGAGCAGCUCGCCAUCCAUACUGGAGAGGACACUGGAUGAUGUUCCAGGUCCUCCAGUUGGCAUCCUCUUUCCUGAAGUCAGAACAACGUCAGUCAGGCUCAUCUGGCAACCUCCUUCCCAACCAAAUGGCAUCAUCCUGGCUUAUCAGAUCACAUACAGGAGAAACUCUUCCAGCACGAGCGCCGCCACUGUUGAUGUUCUGAGCCCCAGUGCUCGACAAUACACGGCGACGGGGCUCAAGCCUGAAACGGUUUACAUCUUCCGCCUGACUGCACAAACACGUAAAGGCUGGGGCGAAGCCACUGAGGCCUUGGUGGUCACUACAGAGAAGCGAGCGCGACCCCAACCCACCAGCCGGCCCGUCGUGCCUCAAGAGGAAGUGCAGGCUCGUAGAGUGCUGUUGUCAUGGGAACCCGGCAGCGACGGCCUAUCCCCGGUCCGUUACUAUACAGUGCAGUACAGAGAACUGCCAGACAGUAACUGGACAGUCCAUUCUGCGUCUGUCAGUCAUGAGAUUAACUCCUACUCAGUGGACAGGUUAAAACCCUUCACCUCCUACCAGUUUCGUGUUAAAGCCACCAAUGACAUUGGAGACAGUGAAUACAGUCAGGAGAGUGAGGCCAUCACGACACUACAGGAUGCCCCAGACAAAGCCCCCGUAAUUCUGUCUGUAACUCCUCACACUACCACGUCUGUGCUGGUCCGGUGGCAGUCUCCCUCUGAGGAUCACAUCAAUGGAGUCCUGCUGGGCUUCAGGGUCAGGUACAGAGAGCUGUACUACGACCGACUACGGAGCUUUACAGUUCGUACUGUUAACAGUCCCUCUCCAAGCUGGGCUGAUCUCACUGCACCUUACAGCAUCAGGAACUUGAGCGAAUCCUCUCUCACUCAGUAUGAACUUGACAAUUUGAGUAAACACAAGCGCUACGAGAUCCGACUCAGUGUGUACAACGCUGUGGGGGAGGGUCCAAGCAGCGCGCCACAGGAGGUCUUUGUCGGUGAGGCAGUCCCGACUGCCCCACCCCAGAAUGUUGUGGUCCAAUCAUCCACUGCCACCCAGCUGGACGUCACAUGGGACCCCCCUCCUCUAGAUGCACAGAACGGAGACAUACAAGGUUACAAGAUCUAUUUCUGGGAGUUUCAGCUGCAGAACGAGACAGAGCGUCUGCGCACAUUGUUCCUGCCCGAGCUGGGGGUCAAGCUGAAAAAUCUGACGGGCUACACCACCUACAUGAUCAGUGUGGCCGCCUUCAACGCGGCAGGAGACGGCCCACGAUCCCUGCCCACCAGAGGGCGCACUCAGCAAGCAGCUCCCAGUGCCCCCAGCUUCAUCCACUUCAGUGAGCUGACCACCACCUCCGUCAACGUGUCCUGGGGAGAGCCCAAGCAGGCCAAUGGCAUCGUGGAGGGCUACCGCCUGGUUUACGAGCCGUGCACACCAGUCGACGACUCCUCUCCUCGCACUCCAGGUGUCAGUAAAAUAGUGACAGUGGACGUUAAGGGCAGUGCCCCCCUGUGGAUGAAGAUUAAGGACCUCUCUGACGGUGUCACCUACAACUUCCGCAUCCGAGCCAAAACGCUCACGUAUGGACCUGAGGUGGAAGCCAACAUCACCACGGGGCCAGGAGAAGGAGCCCCAGGCCCUCCUGGGGAGCCCUUUAUUUCUCGCUAUGGCUCUGCACUCACACUGCACUGGACCAGCGGUGAUCAAGGCCGUGCACCCAUCACGAGAUACGUCAUUGAAGCAAGACCAUCUGAUGAGGGACUAUGGGACAUCUUCAUCAAAGACAUCCCCAAAGAAGUCACAUCUUAUACCCUCAACCUGGAUAUGCUGCGAGAAGGCGUCACCUAUGAUUUUCGAGUGAUAGCUGUCAACGACUACGGCUACGGCUCCCCCAGCCUCCCAUCACCCUCCAUAUCAGCCCAGAAAGUGUCACCCUUCUACGAGGAAUGGUGGUUUCUGGUCGUGAUUGCGUUGGUGGGCCUCAUCUUCAUUCUGCUGCUGGUCUUUGUCCUCAUCAUCCGAGGGCAGAGUAAAAAAUACACCAAGAAAACUGAUUCAGGAAACCCCUCCAACUGCACAGCGCUGCCACUAACCCACGGUGAGAUGGUUCACCUGGACGAGGGCCGCUUCCCGUCGCUUGAGCUCAACCACAGACGUCUCUCCGUGAAAAAUUCCUUUUGCCGCAAGAAUGGCAUCUACACACGGUCGCCACCAAGGCCCAGUCCUGGAAGUCUUCACUAUUCUGAUGAGGAUGUGAGCACCAAAUAUAACGACCUGAUUCCAGCAGAGAGCAGCAGCCUGACUGAGAAGCCCUCAGAGAUCUCCGACUCUCAGGGCAGCGACAGCGAGUACGAGAUGGAUCAGAGCCGCCAGAAGACCCACUCCUUUGUGAGCCACUACAUCAGCGACCCCACAUACUACAACUCAUGGCGGAGGCAGCAGAAGGGCGUAUCCCGGCCGCCGGCAUAUGGUUACUCCCAGCCCGAGCCCCUCGUGGAACAGGAGUCUCGACCACACCCGCCUCCCGUGCCCCCUCUGCCACCCCUCGUCCCCCAGAGCGCCCCAUCUCCGCAGCCCCAGGUGCAGCCCCCGGGCCAAGGUACCCUGUUCAGGCCUAAAGGAAGCCGGACUCCCACCCCUUCCUUGCUGUCCUCGGAACCUCCCAUCCAGCAUGGCACUCUCUACCGGCCCCCCAGCAGCCUUGGCUGUGCCAAUCCUCCACCACCCACCGCGGGGUUCUCCUCUUUUGUUUGAUGCACGGCUCUUAACUUCAAAAUAAGAGCCUGAGAACAACUCUUUGUUUUUUUUUCUUUUGAGAGCUCAAUAUUCCACAUCACAGGCAUCUUUUCUGCAAAGUGUGUGUGUGUGAGUGGUUGAUCAAUGUGAUGUUUAUUUAACGACAAUCAUUUGGUGGAACAUGAUCAUCAAAAGGAAGUCAAAAGAAAAAAAACACUGUAUAAUUGUUUCAUCUGAGCUUUAUAAGGACUCCCUCUUUAAAUCCAUUAGAACACUUGGACUGAUGAGACUGGAAGAACAUUUGUAAAAAGUGGUGAGAAACAAGACUCUUACUUUGAAAAAGAGGCAGUGACAGCCACUGUGACCCCCUCUACUGCCUUCCUGCAUUGUGUUUACGAUCAUAUUGUUUACCAGCUAUUGAUAUGAAUCCACUUCAAGCUGACUAGUCACAUUAAAGCAUCGUGGCAACUUGCUAGUUGCGGCGAAUGGGUUGAGUGGUGUCGCUGCAGUCGAUAAGUACAGAAACUAUACAGCAACUUUAGUUCAGAUUUAAAAUGAAUUGUGUCUUUCUGCUGUUAUCUUCAUCGCGGAUGCUGACGCGAUGAGCAAAAGCACAAGUCACCUUUGGAUCAGAUGGUGUUGCACACUCACUGCUGACAUGGUGGAGGACCUGGUGGGAAUUUUGUAGGAAAUAGUACAAAAUGUUAAGCCCUAUUGCAUUUGCCUGGCACAAAGUCCAUAAAAGCAGUGGACAAGCCGUUCCAGUAUAUACCAGUAUAUACCUGUCAACGUUUUCAUUCGAAAAUAAGGGAGUGGCGGACUUUAACCGGCUACAGGAAGUGUAACACCGGUGUUGCCUGACUGUUGCUGAGUGGAACUGGAGAGGAUUUUUUUUUCAUAAAACGUAAAAUAUGGGAAACUGUUAAACCUGGAGUUUCCCACAAAAAAAGCAGAGUUGACAGGAAUGUACAUACCAGCAAAACAAAAACAACACAGAAAACUGCCACACUUUGUAUUGGGCCAUUUUUUCCUAAAAUGUCAGGUGGAACCUCUAAAGUCAAUCAAAAAAGUUAAUCAAUUCUGAUUUUAAUCAAAUUUGAGUUGAUUAAGUAAUUGGUGGUUAACUUUUUUUUACAUUUGUAUGACCGUCACAAAAAACGAUGGGCAUUUGACUAAACUUAUGAUACUGGUUUCAUAGAAAUGCCUGAAUGUGUAUUUCAAUGUUCUAAACUCUUGCCUCUGUGCCAAUCUUGUACUGCUCAAUAUGCCGUAAGUCGAAAUAGCUGACAUCUUGUUCGUCUUCGCUCUGCUGGUUGUAGCCAAGUAGUGCACAAUAUGAUUAACCAGUGAAACAGUUAAUCCAAAUCAAUCAAUUUUUAAAAUGUUACAUAAAACCUUACCUGUGAAGUUAAUAAUUGUUUUAUUAUGGUGAAAGUUUGACCAUGGAACUUAGUUCUACUAUUAUUAGUUCUUCUAUUUCAUAUAGGAAAUGCAAAGAAAAUUGAGACCUUUUCAUCUUAAAGCAGGGGUGCGGCCCGGGUGGCCAUUUAUUUAAAAAAAAACACUGCAACUGCAAACAAUUGAAAAAUUUGCAGUGAUAUAAUGAAAACAAGUGGGAAUUAUAUAAUAAUAAUAAUAAUAAUAAUAAUAAUAAUAAUAAUAAUAAUAAUAAUAAUAAUAAUAAUAAUAAUAAUAAUAAUAAUAAUAAUAUCAGGAAAAUCAUUUUAGUAUAAAAGUUGCAAUUUUUGGAAAAUUAGGUUUCAGAAUAUUUUGAAUGUUACAAAAAUUUAGUCAAAAUAUUCUAGGAAUAAAGUCAAGUAAUUACAUGAAGAAAAUUUACAACUGACUUUAAACAAUUACAACAUUUUAAAAAAAACUGUGAAAAUGGGGGAGGGUUGCUGUAAUUUUACAAGAAUAAAGUUGAAAUUUUUACAGAAAAAAGUCCUAUUCCGACAAGAAAAAAGUAUAAUUUUUAUGAGAUUAAACUUGUAAUAUUCUACAGAAAAACAGUCAUUUUACUUUUUUAUUAUUUUGGAACAAACAAAACAGGAUUAUGUUGUAAAUUGCGGGCAAUUAGGUUGGGAAGUCCAAAUAUAAUACAGAUAUGCAUCCUUUCAUUUUUCAGUAUGUGGCUCUCAGUAGGAAAAAGUUAGGACACUCCUGUCUUUGAGGUUCCAAUGUAUGCAUUUAGGCUUUAAAUCUACUAAUUGUGUAACUUUUUGUAAAACACCCUACAAAAUUCCGACACAGAUAAUAUGCAGCAUCUCUGAUAAAACAGUCAAAGUGUACAGUGUAUAUGUGUUUUUUAAUUCCACAACAUAAUAUGUUGCUUCUCUUUGCGUAAGGGUAAAUCAAAAGUAUAAUAAUCUACAAGGUCAUAUGUCAAAAUUGUUUAAUGUGAACACCACUGUAUACAUCCAUCUAACAUUGUAAAGCUAUUGAUAAAAUAAAUUAUUUUAUUUUU